GAUUUUAGAAGUUCAGAUAGCCUUUAUAGUAAGAUAAAACGCAAAUAUCUAGGUACCUUUCAUUCGGGUAAAGAUUUGUUUGAUGCUUACUUACUUACAACCAAUAAAUCUAUUAAUGCAUUUAAUAAUUUCAUGGGUGUAUUAAGAGAAUAUAUUUUAAAUGCUACAACUACAGAAACUCACAAAUUUAUAAAAAAAUUAGCGGAUAUGGAAAAAUUAAAAAGAGUAUAUAUACAAAAUAUAGAUAAUCUUGAAGAACUAGUGGGAUUACACGUAGAUUGGCAAUUUGAAAAAGUUAAAAAUAAUAAAGCUCAACAAGGUAAAGCUCCAAAAUGGCCCAGAUGCGAAGAGAAAGAAAAUAUUCGGAUCAAACAAGGAAAGCGUCCUCAUACAAUUGGACAGCUAUAUCUGACAAUAAUUCUUUACGGUGAUUCACAUCCUAAAGGAUUGGAAAUUAAUCAAAUUGCAGCACAAGAUUAG